GCAGAAGUAUAAAGAGAGAGAUGGCUGCAUAUGUUGCACUGACUUCUCUAAUCGGAACAAUACAACAGCUUCAGCUUUUGCAUUCAAACUUAAAUCUAAGGGACACUAGUUUGAAAAGUUUGAAUUUACUCUACGAAAAGGUUGAUUCUCUGCACGAGCUCCUUGAUAAUUCUGAUGCUGAACAAACUGAGAAUUUGCACGCUGAAGUCAAACAUAUAGCAAAUGAAGUAGAAGAUGAAGUUGAAUCACAGAUGCAAGUGGUAAUGGAUGAACAACAUGAUGGACUCCAUCAACAGGAAGCCCUCGAGAGUUUUUUUGAGAUCUUACAACGAGCUAUAGAAAAGGUUGAUUCCCUCAAGGAAGGACUCAUCAAACACAGUCAAAAUAACAAUUUGCAAGCCGGAAAUUCCUCGCUUUGUGAUUCAAGUUCACCAAGAUUGCAUGCUCCAACCCUUGAGAACGAUAUGGUAGGGUACGACAUUGAACAAGCAGACAUGCUGAGUCAACUUACCGGAGGCUCAGCUCCAUUGGAAGUCAUCUCUGUUACAGGUAUGGGUGGCAUUGGUAAGUCAACUUUUGCCAAAAAUCUGUCUUCUCAUCCCUCAAUUUUGAGCUUCUUUGAUAUUCGUGGAUGGGUUACUGUGUCUGAGGACUAUAGUUUUAGAAAGACGCUUUUAGGCCUCCUUAAAGAUGCUAAUACUGCAAAGGAAGAAGAGCUUGAAAACAAAAGCGAUCAAGUACUAGCAGAUCGCUUGAAGAAAGGUUUAAAGGGUCGAAGGUAUUUUAUUGUUGUGGAUGACAUAUGGAGCAAGGAAGCUUGGGAUGAUAUUAGACUGUGUCUUCCAGACUAUGGUGUAAGAAGUCGGGUAUUGUUGACCACUCGAGACGUUGAGGUUGCUCAAUAUGCUAGCUUUUCUAAGGAUCCUUUCAGGAUGCAUUUACUUAACCCAGAUGACAGUUGGAAUUUGUUUUAUCAAAAAGCAUUUGCAGAAAAUUGUUUUCCAGUUGAAUUUGAGAAUGUUGGAAAGGAGGUUGCAAUAAACUGCAAAGGAUUACCACUUAUGAUUGCUGUGGUUGCCAAGAUUCUCUCUAGCAAGAGGACAUUGGAUGAGUGGAGAAAAGUAGCUCAAAGUGUGAGCUCAUUAGCAGACGUUGAUGCUUAUCGACAAUGCUCAGGAGUGCUAGCUUUAAGCUACAAUCAUCUUCCUUCUUAUUUGAAAGGUAGCUUUCUGUAUUUUGGACUUUUUCCAAAAGCUAGUGAAAUUUCUGUGGGAAAGUUAAUUAGAUUAUGGAUUGCAGAAGGACUCCUAAAAGUAAAGGGGACGGAGAGAUUGGAAAAAGUGGCUGCUAGUCAUUUGGAUUAUCUUAUUGAUAAAAGUCUAGUUAUUGUUAGCAAGCGAAGUAUGGAUGGGGAAAUCAUGACAUGUUUGAUUCAUGAUCUUGUACAUGAUUUCUGCUUGAGAGAAGCCGACCGCCAGGGUCUUUUGUAUAUUGAGAAUACCGAUAAUGCUGGACCUGGAUUAGUUUUCCCUCAAGGUUGUAGGUGGAUUUUAAGAAAAUCAGAGCGCUCCACUCAUUUUAGCAGUCGAUUCUAUAAUCUUGAUCAUAGCAAAUUACGUUCGUUGUCUCUUUACCCUUCUGAUAUGUUCCUUAACAUAGCACACUUUCAUUUCAAACUUCUUAGGGUAUUGGACAUGGAGGAAAAUCGUUUUUUCGAUUUCCCCAUAGCUAUACUAGACCUAGUUUUUUUAAGGUAUUUGGCAUUGACGUUUAAAAGGUCUGGACAAUUACCAAUCUCUAAACUUCUGAAUUUACAAACUCUCAUUGUUCGGCCACUAUCAUACAUUAGUGAUUGGAGCCUGUCCUUACCAAAUGAAAUUUGGAAAUUAUCUCAGUUAAGGCAUCUCCAUUGCUGGUGUAUGUAUUUGGAAUCUCCUCAGACGGUAUCAGGAAAUAAGGUGAAGAACUUGGUUUUGGAAAACUUACAAACUGUUUCUGGGUUGACACCUUCUUGUUGUACAAAGGAAAUAUUUGAAGGGAUUAAGAAAGUAAGGAAAUUGGAAAUUGCUGGUAAAGCAGAGGAAUUUUAUAGUAUGAUGGGAUGGGAAAAUAAUCUUAAAUAUUUAAAAGAGCUAGAGACACUAAAUGUUGCAGUUUGGCAUCGUCUUGUUAUGUUCAUGUCCAACGCUGUGCCGCGUUCAAUAAAUCCAAGUCCAGGUUCUUUCCCACCAAAUCUCAAGAAGUUGACACUUAGCGGUACUUGUCUUCCAUGGAACUGCAUGAACAUUUUUAGCAAGUUGCCCAAUCUCGAGGUGCUAGAAUUGAAGGAUCAUGCCUUCGUUGGCAUUGAGUGGGAAGUAACAGAGAUGGGCUUUCCAAAAUUGAAGUUCUUACUCCUUGAGCAUCUGUUUCUUAGUUAUUGGACAGCCACCGAUGAUUACUUCCAAUGCCUUGAGCGUGUAUACAUCAGAGAUUGCGUAUACUUACAAGAGAUCCCAGAAGGAUUUGCAGAUAGUGUGACACUGCAGCUAAUUGAGUUACAUAAAUGCUGUCUUUCUCUGGUGAUUUUUGCGGAGCAGAUCCAGGAAAUGCAUGAGGAAUUGGGAAACAACUUGCUUAAAGUUUAUGCCUUUGAAUCAUUUCUUCAGCAUGAAGGAGUAACCCUUCUCUUCAAGCUGGCUCGAAUGAAAAUGCAACGCUCGAAGUCAAUCAGAUCAGAAACUGUGUAAAAUGGAAAUUCAAUGGAAUCUUUGCUGAAAAAUGGAGGUGGACGUGAUCAAUGCCCCACAAGUACCAAAGGAUAAAAGAAUGGAGAGCUAUUUCUUCAGCUGGAUACCUCUACAAAGCCAAACAUGCUACCUUUGUUAUUGGCAAAGGUUGCUGCUUGAAGAAAAACAAAUACGAAGCUUCGUUCCUAUAGAAGAAGAGGCGAUCAGAAUGGCACCUGAGUACAUUCAGAAUCUCAAUUUUUCAGAAACAAGCAUUCUGCUCUUAUAGACCAAUAUUUUUAGCAGGUAUGGAAAUCCGAAAUCGGAGCAGACAGAGGUGAAAGUGGGAUGAAUAUGCUACUACGACAGUUGUAGAGGUUCAAAGAAAGACAUGAACUACUUGUUAAAAAUAGUAAUAAACUUGUUUCCAUUUGUCCACAUUUGUUUAGAUUUGUUUACAUUAAUUUAAUGUUUCCAUACAUAUAGUUAGAAAAGAGUGAGGUGUGGACAUGUGUGAAUUUGUGUGAACUAGUGUAGGCAUGUAUGGACUAGUGUGUACAUGUGUGGACUUAAUUAAUAUGUACACAUGAAGUUUAGGCUAGAUACAUGUAGGAGUUCUACUAUAAAUACCCAUGUAUGCUAGCCAUUUGGUGCAAGUGAAGUUGAAUAGAAAUCAUCCUUUCCUCCACCUC